AUAAAGACAAAGAGAGGAAUCUUUAAGAAGAGAAGGGACUCGAGGAAGAAAGAAAAUACUAUAUGAUUUGGAACAGGCACGAGGACAAGGAAAUAAAGAGCACGAGAGAAAAUGAAACAAAGAGAAAGACGGAGAGAUAGGAAGAGAAUAAGACAGAGAACGAAAGUGUGUGAAAGACAAAGAGAGAAGGGCGAGAGUGAAAAAAAGGAGUCAAUCCUUAAGGGUAUGACAAAGUCCAAAACAUCUAAAAGUCAAACUAGAAGAAAGUCAUCGAGAGAGGGCAUCGCUGGGCUUUUGUACGACUUAAUACGAGAGGUGGUCGCGUGGAUGGCCGAGGACGGCCGGACCGCCUGCUGGGCGCGAGAUCCAGAGUCAGGACGCGAUGGGCCGGCUACAUAGGUCUACUCCGAGACGCGGCUGGGGCUAUGCCGGGACAAGGGGAGAGGGAAGAAGAAAAAGGAAAAGAAAAAAAGAAAAAAAAAGGAGAAAGACUCCUGCUUUCUCGUCUGUCGAGCAUGGCAUCUCAUCUGUAUGGGUCUGCAGG